GUUGUCUUUGGUUUUAUAACAACUUGGUUUCUUGAUUGUCCUCAGUUUUGUCGUGGUUUCAAAUAAAGAUAAAUAAUUAUUUUGUACGGCAGAAUUAAGUAACAAUCUAAAAUGUCAAUUUUAGCCUACAAUGGUGGUGCAGUGGUGGCGAUGAAAGGUCAAGACUGUGUAGCCAUAGCUACGGAUAAGCGUUUUGGUAUACAAGCUCAAACCAUAUCCACAAACUUUCCCAAAGUCUACCAAAUGGGGCCUACUUUGUACGUCGGUCUACCUGGUCUAGCCACCGACACACAGACUGUAUUCCAAAGGCUUAAAUUCAGGAUGAAUUUGUAUGAGUUAAAAGAGAAUAGAGUAAUGAGGCCAAAGACAUUCUCAGCCAUGUUGUCCAACUUAUUGUAUGAGAAGCGUUUUGGACCAUACUUCAUUGAGCCUGUCAUUGCAGGCCUCGACCCUAUUGAUAAUCAACCUUAUGUCUGUAAUAUGGACCUGAUUGGCUGUCCCAAUGAGCCGGAAGAUUUUGUAGUGUCAGGAACAUGUUCGGAACAGUUGUAUGGUAUGUGUGAAGCAUUGUGGGAACCCAAUCUCAAGCCCAAUGAGUUAUUUGAAACUAUCUCACAGGCUCUAGUGAACGCUGCAGACCGCGAUGCUAUCUCUGGUUGGGGCGCGGUCGUUUACAUCAUAGAAAAGGACAAAAUCACCGAGAAACAUGUCAAGACAAGGAUGGAUUAAUUUUUCGUGUAUAUUUUCUCUCUUUUUAAUAAACAU